GUUGUUAAAAAUAAAAACGCACGAAAGGAGGCGAUAUCAAGGUCUCUUCAGUAGCACGGUCACGAAAACGCGUGCCACGUGACGUGCGUUGCGCUCCAAUAAAUGAAAACUAUUUACCCUCGACCCCAGCCAGCCUAAACCAGAGACAGAAUGAAUGAAGGUGUGGCUCUUUAUUUUUAAAUAACAGCGUUUCUUAGAAAUAAUUCUCCCUCGGAGACGGUUUUUUUUGGAACGCGAUGACGUCGUGUCGAAGCUCGUGCAGUUUUCGCCCCGGAGACCGUUUUUGUUCGUUGCGUUCAAAACAAUGUUCUUUUGUUUUGAAAUUUUUUUUUAAAGAAAAGGUCCUUUCCACCAGUGUGGGUUAUUUUAUUUUUGAAGGGCGAGUGUGAGUAGAGGAGGGGCAAAAAGCGACCGUGAAGUUGACCUUUCACCUUCGUAGCACAACAAGAUGGCGGCGCUAGUGAGCCAAGUGAGGUCUCAACUCCGGAUAGUGGCAGUGGUUCGUAAAGGGUUGUUGAGUGCAAUUCCACAGCAGAAGUUGCUGCAACCAGUUCUCCAGCCGUUCAGUACUGGAUCAGACCAGAUGACUUUUGACCUCAUCUCUCGCUACAAGGAGUGCCCUUGGGAAUAUCUGCAGAGCGAAGAAUACAUUGAGCGUUAUGGAAAACAGCCAGUCUGGGCUGACUAUCGGAGGAACCACAAAGGUGGCAUCCCACCUCAGAAGACCCGGAAAACCUGCAUCCGGGGUGACAAGAUCAGUGGUAAUCCUUGCCCCAUAUGUCGAGAUCCAAAGAUUCAGGUCGACCCCAGGAAUGUGAAAUUACUGGAACAGUUCAUUUGUCCUCACACUGGGACCAUAUAUCAUCCGACCAGAACUGGUGUUUGUAUGAAACAGUACAAGAAGUUGACCAAAGCAAUACAAGAUGCGAAGGAUCAUGGUUUGCUUGGAUUCCAAGUCCCACACAUUGAGAUCAAUCUGGACAAUUACUCUGGCUCACAUGGGGCAGUGGGCACAACCCCACCCCCACCCAGACAGGAAGGUCCUUGGUACAGCUGGUACGAGUGGCAGGAUCCACCUGAGAAGGAGAUUACUCGGAUUCGCAAGAUGUACAAAUCCUUCCUGAAAGAGGACAUUGCUCAAACUUCAACUAAAACAACAUAGCCUUUCAAAUGAUCCUGGCACCUAUUAAUGGCCAUUUGGGUGUGUUUCUAGAGCAUGCUGAAGUUUUGAAUAAAAUGUGAAAACACUCAA